AUUAGCUUUCUCAAUUGUUAGGUAACGUCACUACUGCUAUACCUUAUGCCGCGUUCUUGUCCUAGUCGGAACUAGGAAACUCUGACAUUUCCGACUUGAUAACUGGUUGAACGAGGCACGUGUAACUUAAACCAGUUUGCAAGUCUAAUUUCCGAGUCUCCUAUUUCCGACUAGGACGUGAACGCGGCAUUAGCUCUCAAACUAGGGAGAAGGCAGAAUGUCGCCUCGUUUUCAGGCAUUAGCUUCGCCCACUACUACAUGUUAACAAUCCCGACGCGCUGUUAUAACGUUUAGAAACGUCAAUAAUCGCUUGUAAAUAUGGCUUUCGAAAAAUGACAUUUAUCUUUAAUCAGCGAGAAUUUAAAAAAAUAAAAAAUCCUUCAAAUAAAAAAUGUACAUACUGUAGCAGUUUUGCAUAGAUUUACGCUUAUACAGGUGUUCAAACAUUGCUAGAUAGUUUAUUAGCCUUUUGUCUCACGUAAACAAGCGCUGUAACAUGGAGAUAUGGCCAUCCAUGUGGGAGCAUGAACCAAGCCCUAUCAAGGUGCUUACCAAUUUAACCAGACAUCAAGAGACUAGUGUUAAUGUUCAGAUUGAGUUUUGGGGUCUUUUAUACUAGCAAUAUUUCAAUCUGUUCGAUUUCGCAGUGUUGAUAAAGGUAAAAUGUGCAUGUCCCAUCCCAGAAUUGAGGUGUCUUAAUGUAACCAUGAUUGCAUUCGACCUCAGUGCAACUCGGGUGUAAACAAGCGUAACGGUAGGGACAGCAUCUUCUGGCAAGCCCUAAGCUAUGUUGCUAACUUGCUAGGUAGCUAUGGUUUCACAUCCUCUGCUGUGGCUGGCUGUAUACUGUUAGGUAGUCUAAUAUCCACAGGAAAGUGUUUUACACUUCUCCAGCGUGCCAGUGGCCAUCGAAGGUGAGCAUUUGCCCACUGAAGUCUGUUACGACUCCAAACUGCAGUCAGGUCAAGACCCUGCUUUGCACCAUGAUGAAUCUGGUGAUGGGGGAGGCUAUUCGUAAAAUCUGCCAACUAUUCCUAGUGACCUCCUCACGUUUACAAAAUGAAAAUGGGAAACUGAAAACCAAGGUGGAGCAUAUGGAGGAAGAUAUGAAGACAAUAACUGAGAAGGCUGAACAUUAUAGAAUGUCUCUAGCAAAAGUAGAGGCACAAGCAGAACCGAAAGGACCAACCCAUGUUCUGCACAAUGGAAUCAUCUUUGCAAUUAAACCACUUGAUCUCCCAGUGUUGCCUGGAAUGACAGUGGGUUCAGCAUUGCCAGGGAAUGUCAGUCAAGCAAACCCUGUCACUAACGCAGCAUCAGUCCGUGCAGGUCCUGCAAAAGUUUGCCGUAAACCCACAGAGACGUCUUCAUUGGAGAAUGACUCCUCUCUGGGAGACACAGAUGGACUGAAUACAGACCCCUCCCCAAGAGACACUGAAUCCAACGUUGAGCAUAUGAGAGCUGCUCUGCCAGGGAGCAACGAGAGAGACGGCCAUGAAAGCCAGAAAAACAGCAAUACUACUAAAGGGACACGAUCCAAAGAAACCAAACGCUUCAAGUGUGAUAUUUGUGAGAAGACCUUCAGCAAGAACGAGUUGUUGAGAGUUCACAAGUUAACGCAUACAAGACCCUUCAAGUGCGAUGUGUGUCAGAAGACCUUCACCAGGAAGGGGUUACUGGAAGCUCACAAGCUAACUCACACAAGACCCUUCAAGUGUGAUGUUUGUGACAAGACCUUCAACCUGAACCGCUUGCUGGUACGUCACAAGCUAAUUCACACAGGAGAGAGGCCAUUCGCUUGUGGUCAAUGUGGCAAAACAUUCAGAAUGUCCAAGCAGCUCGAACAUCACAUGGUGCGUCACAGAGAAAAAACAUUCAGUUGCAAAGUUUGCGACAGUAUAUUCCCUGCCAAGAAAGAUCUGACACAACAUCGGCUUGUUCAUGCAGUGGAGAGACCGUUCAAGUGCCUGACUUGUGACAAGGGUUUCACAUCAAGGGCUGCGCUUAUGGGGCACGAGAGAAUCCACACCGGUGAAAAACCACACAGCUGUGCUGAAUGUGGGAAGAGUUACAGACUGUCUUAUGACCUAAGUAUUCAUAUGCGAAGACAUACAGGUGAACGUCCGCACUUAUGCUCAGAGUGUGGUAAGAGCUUUAUAACUAAAUCCAGCCUUGAAAACCACAAGGUAAUCCAUACAGGGGAGAAGCCAUUUAAAUGUGAGACCUGUGGAGCUGCUUUUGGCCAUAAAGCAAACCUUCAGAGACACCAAGUUCUUCACACAGGGGAGAGACCUUACAAAUGUAAAGUGUGUGGGAAAAGCUACCUUCAGUCCACUGACCUAAAAGCUCACAUGCACCGUCAUGGGGCAACCAAACCAUUUAUGUGUGACCUAUGUGGAAAGACUUUCAUUUACAAUUACCAAAUGAGACGACACAAUCUAAAAUGGCACACAGCUGAAGGAGAGAACCUUCCUGGGGGAGUUGGAACCUUGACAAAGCCAUUCAGUUGUGAUGUAUGUUUGAAUGGCUUCAGCUCCAUGCUAACUCUGAAAAAGCAUCAAGAAAUUCACACAGGACAAAAUCAAUACUCUUGUUCUGUUUGCGGGAAGACCUUUGCCUAUAAAAAUACUUUGGACUAUCACAUGAAACUUCACAGUGGAGAGAAGCCCCAUGAAUGUAAAUACUGUGGAAGAAAAUUCAUUCUUAAGCAAGCUCUCAAAGGACAUGAGCGAACCCAUACAGGUGAAAAGCCCUUCAAAUGCAGUUAUUGUGACAAGACUUUCUCAGUGAACAGCAAUCUCAAAAGGCAUGAGCGAGUCCACACGGGAGAGAAGCCAUUCAAAUGUGACGUCUGCGGGAGAGGUUUCAGCCAAGCCAACAACGUCAAAGCCCACAUGCAAGUCCACACUGGAGUUAGGCCUUAUUAUUGCAAGAGAUGUGGAAAGGGCUUUUCUGACAUAAGACACUACAAAAACCAUAGCUGUAAUGGUGUGGCAGCGACACGCAAUCAGUCUCGUAAACCUUCUGACCGCACUUUCAGAAGUAGGAAAGGAGGUAGAGACAGGAGUGCUUGCCAUAAUGCUGCUGUGAUGUUGACUCAGUGAUAUAAUCUUGAUCAUUCACAGUGGGGCAACUUCCUGCUUUCAGAAAUCAGGAAAAACAUAGAUGUAUUCAGCAGGGUGAGAAGUUCUCGGGUGAGUUUCUGGAAAGCCUCGUAGGAAACGAGAGGCAUAUCUGCCGUAAUGCUUGGAGAUUUUGCUAUAAGUCUUAGUCAAUGUUCAUGAGCCCACAUUAUCAUGGAGACGUUGUAUAUUUCUGACUGUGUUCAAUCAUUUACAAUGUGUUUUUUUUUCUUUUCUGUUGUGUAAAUCCUUAAAACACCUAAUUCAUGUGAAAAUAUCAGAACUACACAUUAAUACUUUGUCCAUCAGCUACAUAGGACCGCUUGAUUAGUUAUUCAGGUGAUUGUCCUGAUUGGGCAAGAAUUUUGAAGGAAUUCUUGUUUUUAAAGGUCCAAUUUGGCCAGGUCCAAUACAGUUUUUAAAGGUCCAAUGUUUCUAUAUCAAUAUCAUAUAAUUCCUUGGUAACAAUUGAAGUACCUCAUUUUUGCUUGUUUUCAAUUAAAAUGGUCAAAAAUAUAUAUUUUAAAAUCA